AUGCGUCUCACGAGGUUUUUGCUGCUUCCUCGAAAACCGUUCAAAGAAUUAGAUUAUGCACGUCAUAUGCCCAAAGAGUACGUCGAGAGGAUGAAAAGGACGAUUCCAAGAAAAGUUUAUGGUGAAAGAUUCGGCGCACCUGAUAUCACUCGUUGGGUGAUCCAUCCUGACGAUUAUGUGCCGAGCUUUGAGCGUCCGUGGACCAAUGAUGUACUUUCAAAAAACACAGAAAGAGCUAAUGCGUACCACCAAUCUAUGAUGAACAAUAAAUUCUUCCGAUUCCGUAGACCCAAAAUUAAUCGAAUACCAGAUGAGGAAUGGACUUUCUUCCCAGGAGAUCUGGUCCAGGUAAUGGUCGGAAAGGACAAAGGACGCCAAGGUACUGUAAUGGCAGUGUCUCGGGAUACUAAUGAGAUCCUCGUGGAAGGAAUGCACUGUAAGCUAGAAGUUGAAAUGGAAGGAGCGAAGAAGUUGGGAAUUGAGGAGACGCUUAGAUGGAAAGAGCAACCUCUGAGUGUUGAAAAGGAACAAGUCAAGCUUGUAGAUCCCAAUGAUAACGAACCAUGUGAGGCAAAGUGGACUCUUAACAGUGCUGGUGAUGAAUAUAUUCGGAUUUCACAGCGAUCAGGCUUCGAAAUCCCAAUACCAAGCCAAGCUAAAGUAACGUAUGAAUAUCUACUGCCGGAAAAGUAUAUUGAAGUGGAAGAUAAAGACACACCGGCCAAUCUUGUUCUAGAGCGAACUUACGUACCAAAAUUGGCUUCCUUCGAGGACGAAAUCAGUGAAGAAAUGGGAAUUAAGGAUCCGCGACCGCAGAAACCAACAUAUUGGUAUUAG